UUUUUGACAAUCUGAGUGUUUACACAACAAAAGCGCAGGCAUAAAAACAAACUGCGGCGCAACGGAUUCUCGGAAACGGAACAGGAAGAAUCAGGACCAUGACCGAGGACGACAGUGAACACCCUAAUCGAAAGGAAGAGGAGACCAUCCGCGAGUCCGAACUCUUUGCUCACAUCACCGGAAAUCCACAAGUUUUCUACAAAAACCAACAAAUCAAUGAGCCGGAAAUUAGUAGCAUCGAAAAGGAAAGUAUACUGCGUGAGGUGAUGAACAAGAGCCACUGUACUUUCCUCUCCCGGUUCGGACUGUUCAUGGACGAAGACCACCUGCGCUAUUUUGAGCAGGACCAACAAACGAUGGGUUACAGUCCGGACGAGCGGUACGAAAUAGAUCAUCACCUCGAGCGGAUUCGUAGACUCAAGAACGGUGGUCGGGCCAUCGAUGUGCGUAAUCGCCGAUACGCUGCACUACAGAAGCUGUGCAGUGAGGGAUCAUAUUUUAGCGAACAUGAAAUGAUGCAACGCGAACCUCUGCUGUACGAUCAGCUGGUGGGUCAGUUCAUGACGGAGAAAGAGAAGCUGGAGCGUGAUGCCCAUCAUGUUUCCGACGAACCCAGCAUUGUCAGCAUCAUUUACAAUCAAAUGGACAAAGAGCAGGCAAAGGAAACGCUGCAAAAACUGGAGCAAGAGGAAAAUCGGCAGGAGCAAGAUGAUAGCCGGUCGGAGGCGGAUGCUCGACAGCUCGUUGAAUCUGAACGUCUCUCUCGUCCCAACUCUCCCGGCUUUCCCCGAGCCCAAUGGGGUAAUUUUGAUGAUGAGGAAGAAUCGCGCCUUGAAACACGACUGCAAGAGCAUCAGAAGCAACGUCGCCGACGGAAAUUAGCGAUUCCACCGCCACAUCUAAUGACCGCUGGUGAGCGCAACCUUCUGCGGGACGAAUUUUUUGGCAUCAUGUACGCUCGGUUUAUUGCUGGCGAAGACAAGGAAUUUGAUUACACGAAGGUGGACGAUUCGCUCGAGUAUGACGAUCUCGACAUCAGGGAACAGGACGAACAGGAGCGAUACUUUGACGAGGAAGAGGAGCAGCAAGUCACCGGUGCAGAGUCGCGUUCUCAGCCAAACGAAUGCGAAGAAAGUGAAGAUGAUUUGGAUGUGUACAUGAGGCAUCUGAACCAUCAUCUUGAGCAACAAUCCAAGUACCAUGCGGAGCCCGAGCUCAGCUACCGAGAUCCAAACUGUGAGUACGACAGUGAUGAGUAGCGUUAUAAUCCGCAAUAAGACAGUAAUACUUCGUA